AGUCCUCCAUCGGGCGAGCUCCGGGGUGCUCGCCCCUUGCCUGAUCCCGAAUUACCUGUACACUCGUGAGCGAAACAUACGACGUACAUUUAGUAAGAAAAUUAUACGAAUUAUAGUUUCAAAUGAUCAGUUUCCACUUGAAUUAUGAGUCUUGUAAUAAUGCUUCCGUAACUAACGAAACGAGUGCAUAACUCAGCCAAACUGUGCAACGAUAACUUGGUAACGAUGACGCGAACGACAACGAUGGACCCGCUGGGGCUUCUGCAGCGGUUCGGGGUCUCCACCACCGGCCCCACGCCGACCACUUCUCCAAACGGAGUAGCUAAGCCCAGCGCCAAUGGCAACAAGCGACCCACUCCCAUCAUUAUCUAUCCUACUGUCACCCCAGAAUCGAUUGUGGUGCCGAUUGUCUCGUGCAUUUUCGGCUUUCCACUUUUAGCCCUCACUGUCAUCUGCUGUCUUAGAAGAAGAGCAAAAUUAGCAAGGGAACGAGCUCGUCGGCGGAACUGUGAGCUGGACCGCGGGGAGCUGUCAGUGGUGCGGUUGUCGCCGGUGAAGUGUAAACCGCGGGCCGUCAGCCUCACCCGCUCGCCGCGGCCUCCCCCCACCCUAGAGCUGGACACUGUACUCGAAGAGCGCUCCGACCCUGAGCAGACCACCAUCUCACAGGUUGAGGUAACACCAGAUCGCGAAGUGGGCGCGAUACUGUUUAGCGCAGUGGGAGCAAUGGGCACGGCAGCAGCGGCGGCGGUCUGCGCGCGGGACAGCUAGCGGCGGGGCUCGGCGCAGCUCGGGGCGCGCUCGCCGCUCUGGGCCGCGCUGACCAGCCAGCCUCUCGACGAGGAUGACGCCGACGACCCUCCCCUCGACAGCUAGCAGCUCGACGAGCGCUCCCUGGCCGACAUCGGCGAGCGCAUGAAACUUUUCCUAGACAUUCCGCUUAGAUUCUAAUCCAUAAUCCACGUGCGUGCCAAGCCAACAUGUAAACUCACAGUGUGUCAUCUCAUCAAUUUUAAAUGUUUUAUCAUGUAAUUAUAUGGAUUGACUAAUGUAACGAUUUAGAUAUUAGAGAAUUUCGAAUUUAAAACAGUCUGUGGACAUAGCUUUAGUAAACCAAAACAAAAGGGCCUAAAUCUUAUAACUUACUGUUUAUGAAACUUAACAACUUUCAAAAGAAAUAAAAGCAAGUAAGUAAGUGUGCUUAUAAUAUUAUUUUUAAAUUUUCAGACGUUCUAGUCCAAUAAGCUUAGGUAGCUUGUUUUUUCGUACCUACUGAACCAGAUGUACAUAAGUAGAUUUCUUUGGAAAAUUGUUCAGUUUUACGAAAUUAGUUGCGGAAAUUUGGAAGGUGUUUAAAAAUCACACUACAUAUUGAGGAAGUUCACGUACCCCUACUACUUAAGCUUUAAUUCAUAUAACACUACGCGGUUGGGCCAAAAUGUUAAAAAAGUGUAUAUUUGUAGGUAGGUACAUAUCUAUGAAGCUUCAAGUUUGUACUCUAAAUUAGAAUAGAACAUGUUUCUUACAGAGAUGGAGCAUGGAAGCAAAGCAUAAUAAUGUGCUGUAGUUAUGUAGUGUAACUUGCACAACGUUGAACAAUGCACCAAUGAAAAUUAUAAAUAAACGAAGAAAUUUCAAUGAAAUCGAUUGUUCAUAAAUAAUUUAAAUGGAAACUAGAAACACCCAAGUUAUACUUAUGUAUAAAUAUAUCAAACGACCAAAAGUUAAAUGUAGUAUCUACUAUUUCCUGGCAAAUUAAAAUUAUAACAGUAGUUUAGAUAUGUUAAUUUAAUUCAACAAAACAUUUUAUAACACAUAAUAUGGUCUGCGCAAAUAGUUACUUUGUUGUGUAAAGUUAACGUUUAUUUCGAAACCUUCGACAAAAUAUCAAAUAAAAAUUUAUAAAUCACUUCACUAGGUAAAAAAUUUUAGAUACCGAAAUAUUUUGUAUUCACAAUGUCACUUGCUUAUUUUGUUAAAUCACUAUGUAUUAUAAAUUCCUUAAACAGAAGCUUGCCUGUUAGUUUGAUGCCUUUUGAAUUCCGUCAUUGGGCAUACCUAUAAAAUCGAGUUAGCUUAAGCAACAUCUCUACAUUACCGCAUAUACGAGUAGGUAUAUAUCUAACGAAAUCUUAUAAACCGUACCAAUUAAAAAAUGCAGAAAUGCUAUGUGAAGUGUGAACAAAGAAUUAAGGAUCGGCGGCGAAUCUUUGCAAGUCAAUUCCCAUUGCAUCACGGCUUCACUGAAGAACGAAACCAAACGCUCAUUGGAUGUGGAAAUAGCACCCAAUUUCCAUUGGCCUUUUUAUGGCCGGCCGGUUACAACUCAGCUAUAAAUAGACAUAAUUUGAUUUAAAAAAUAUUGCGCAAACUAGCAGGCAUCAUCAUGAAUUCAUGACAUUUCUCAUGUACCGUUAUAAAUGAUCCUGAAAGAAUAUUGCGAAAAUUAGAAAAACAAGUUACACUUUAAUUUCUAUUUCUCUAUCCCAUGCUCAAAGACAUCACGAACCCUUUGUACCUAGAUACCUAUCGAAAGAUUCACAAUCAAGAAUGCUUGAGAUAAGUACCGAGUCAAAAUUAACAUCAUACUAUUAUCUGUGGUACAUACACAUUGCAAAUAUCUAUGUAACUAUGAUAAAUUAUGCAUCAUUCUAAUGAUUUCUACUUGUUUUCAG